GAACCUUGUUGACUUUGUCUUUGGUGGUGCUGGUAUCCCGGCUGGGGUGGUUACUGAUGAAGAUGUUGCCCAGUCCAAGCCCAAAAUCAUCGACUGGAUUCGCAGCAACACAUUGUGCUUAGAAACCAUGGAUGCAAAGUGUGCAGAUGAUGUGGAACGUAUCGAUGUGACUUUGGGAACCAUUAGGAUCGCCCAGGGUGAACUUGAUCAACUUCAUGAAGAAUUCCGCCAUCAUUCUGAGAAAAUUCACAAAGCCAGGGCGACCAUGGUUUCUAAAUGGAGAAGUGGGUCAAUUGCCUAUGGUUCUACUUCUGGCCCCAAUCCUUUGGAAGUCAAGAUCAAGCAGUUGAAUGACUGGGCACUUUCAAAGUUGACAGACGCCCGCAAACCAGUGACCAACAAAGAGACUUUCAUCAUGAACCUUGACAAGAAAUUGGAUGGUGAAAUUAUGUCCCUGAUUCGCAGCCUGAAGGGCCCUGAGGAUUGUGAUCCAGAGUGUGACUUGCUCUUGAAAGAAUUGGAGGAAAAGUUCGAUGACUUGCAUGUUGAACCGUUGGAACCACCAGUGAGUGCUUCCAAUGCCCACAGUGCCCUGGAAAUGACUGCGCCGACACUUUCCCUUCAAAAAUGUAUGGAACUAAAGGAUGGCCCUGAGAAAAAGGCUUUGUUGGCUGAUCUUGAAGCUGCUGUGGCCAAUACUGAGGGCUCUCAUGCUGAACCUGGCUCAUUGAACGAGUUGCCUCCGGCUGUUCCAGCUCAAGAAGCCCUUGAUGAGUUUCCUGGCACCGUUGCAGAUGCUUUGAAGCGAAAGGACACUACGCAGUUGGAGGUGGAUCGUGUGAAAGCUCUGCAUGAACAGUACCGCGAUGACAAGGAUGCUGUGUUGACCCCAACAGGUGUCCACUUCAUUGGACCAGGGGGGCGA